AUGAUCAUUACUGGAGAUGAUGUUGAUAGUAUCUCUGAUCUCAAAACCUCCCAUCACCAUACUUUUGAGAUGAAAGAUCUUGGUUCUCUCAGUUAUUUUCUUAGUCUUGAGGUCAUAUCCACAGAUGAUGGUAUCUAUCUCUCUCAAGCUAAGUAUGUUUUAGAUCUUCUUACUCGUGUUGGGAUUACAGAUAGUCGCACUGAAUAUGCUCCCCUUAAACAUAAUUUUCGAUUUACCCCUAUGGAUGGCACUGUUUUUGACAAUCCUACUAUUUAUCGACAGUUAAUUGGAGGUCUCGUCUACUUGACUGUCACACGCCCAGACGUCGCCUAUCUAGUUCAUGUUCUUAGUCAGUUCUUGUCAGCUCCUCCUACUACUCAUUAUGCGGCCGUUCUUCGCAUUCUUCACAUUUUUCAUUUUUCUGCCCAUUCUUUUUUAUCCCUUCAGGUGUAUUCAUAUGCUGAUUGGGCUGGUGAUCCCAUUGAUCGUUGUUCUACUACUGGUUAUUAUUUGUUUCUUGGUAGCUCUCUCAUUUUCUGUCGAUCCAAGAAGCAAACGUUCACUGCUCGUUCAAGCACAGAAGCUUAUUACCGUACUUUCGCUGACACCACUGCUGAGGUUGUCUUGAUUCGUUGGCUUUUCGAAAACUUAGGUGCUCCUCAGUCGUUCCCGACUGAUGUUUUGUGUGACAACUGCAGUGCUAUUCAGAUUUUCCAUAAUGACGUUUUCAUGAAUGCACCAAACACAUUGAAAUUGAUUGUCACUUUGUUCGUCAAUGUAUACUUAUUGAUGUUGUUCGCCUCAUAG